AUGGCUGCGAUCUGGCGGGUGAAUAACCAUCAAGGCCUCCCUCAGAAGUACUCCCACUCCCGCUCUUUAUCCUCUCCCGCUGCCGCCGCUGGUAUAGAUACAGGUACAGACGCAGCUCCAGGUACAGGUACUUUUGCUGCCGACUGUCCUUCUCCCUCUACUUCUGCCCCUGCUGCUGCAGAGAAUCACGAGGAUCUCGAUCUCGACCUCAUCGACCUCAUCCCGCCAUCGACUCCUCCCCAACAGUCGCUGGUGCUGCUGCAUUCGCCUUCGAAGCGUCGCAUCUCUCAUCGCCAGUCCCCCCUGCGCAUCACCACAAACAACAACAACAAUAAUCUGAUUAAUCCUAGUCCUGGCAAUAUUGGCAAUAUUAGCACCACAACCGCCACUACAAACACAACCUCAACCUCGACUAAUAAUCAUCCGGACGAAUCCCCGACAUCGCAGCACACGACUACCUCCUACGCUACCCUUUCCCUUUUAUCAGCUGUUGGUUCGGGUUCGGGUCGUCGAAAACUCAAGGAAUUCCCUGGUUUAAUCCCUCUCUCGCGCUACUUUAUCCCACCAUCCAGCACUUCCACUACUCCUGUCGCAGGAAACACUCCUACCACACCGACUCGUCCUACAUCGGCCUUGGACGGUGGCGCAAACGUGGAUUCUUACAACGUGAAAACAAUUGGGAGCGCUUUCGCCACACCCAACAUCUCGCCUACAAAUACCACCUUCAAACAAAGAGACGAAGAACUUGGUGCGCAGUCCGAGGGUGUACAAACUGAUGAUACAAACAUGGAGCAACAACCGCCGGUAGCGAUAGUUGGUGAUCCGGAGCCAUUGAUGACCCAGGAUUUACUCAAUUUCUAUAAGAACCGACUUCAUGAGCUCGAAAAAUCCUCUCAGCAAGAACUUCUAGAACGGAUCUCCGUCCUCCGUGGCUUUCUUCUCGAACAUCAUGAUGCUACAAACCGUCUCGAGCGCCAGCUUCAUGAGCUCCAGGAGGAGAAUUUAUCUCUCUCCCAGGAGCUUCAAGGAACCGUCAAACACAAGGUGGAGAUAAUUGCUCUUCAGAAAGAAAAUGAGGUUCUCAAAGAAAAAAUCGACCAGCUCUCAAGGAACCAAGACCUAUCUCCUUACCACCCCGCCCCAAUUCCCAGCCCGGACCCUUCCGUAGUCUCUUCAGCGAAAGAGGAGCCCCACGAAAUUGGUUACGAAAAAAUUCAGACACACUACGAAGACUUGAUCUCCCAACUACUUACCAAAUUCACAGAACAGUCCGCCGCCCGUGUAUCUGAACGCUCCCUCGCUAACCAGAACAUCGACCAACUCAACGACCGCUGCAGACGCCUCGAGACUGCUGUCUCCGAUUCCCUCAAGGACACUAUUCUCGAAAGAGGAAAGCGAGUCGGGUUGGAGGAGAAAUUGAAGGAAACGGAAGAAGAACUCAAUGUCAGCGUCUGGGAAAUGCAGAGCCAAAUCGAGAUUUUCGAAAGACACAUCAAUGAAAGUCGGAUGAGUCCUGAGGGGUUACAAACUGUUCUUGAGGAAGGAGCGUUUGGACUUGACGGGACUGACGAUGAAGAAUUCGGGACUAUGAUUCCUCCGGAGAUGUUCGAUGAUCUACCGGAUGCUGGAGUGCGCAGGUCUUCGACUAUUGGGUCUAUCUCGCCAAAGAGGAUACCUGGAUCCAUGUCGCCCAGGAAGACACCAUCUCCGACAAAGCAAAGACGAACCCCGAGCCCUACGUCUAACGUUCGAGAUUCUGGGGUGCAAACUGAGGAGGAGUCGGCCGAUGCUAGGGAUAUAUCUGAGUUGCGACAGGAGCUAUCGGAUAUGAUCGCAGACAGGCGGGCAGAGGAAGAGGACCUUAAGACGAAGAGAGCGGAUCUAGAAGCCACUUAUGAAAAGUUCAUUGGUAUCAUCGAGCAGGCUAAGAGUCGCGAAGAUGAAUACAGUAACCUCAAGGCCGAGACCGCGGAAUUGAGACACCAAGUCGAGGAUCUCCUUGAGCAACAUGAACUAGACCAGGAAGAGCUUUUGACGAGGCAACAUGAUUUGGAUGCCAUGUUUGAGCAACUAGAGGGGGCUUUGAAGCAAGGGGUUGCGGAUAAGCAGGAGAUAACGAGGGUUAAAACGGAGAUCGAAGAUUUGAGGAAGCAGCUGGAAGAAGUUGAUUCUGUCUCCAUCAUUAGAGAUGAUUCAGAGAUAAAGGAUUUGAAGCUGCAGAUUGAGGAGCUGAAGAAAGAAAAGGAAGUACUUGAGGAAAAGUUAGAGAAUGCAAGUGUGGAAGUGCAAGCGUUGAAGCUUUUAAUCGAAACCCCAGACCAUGAGAAGGAUGAAGAGAAAAAAGAAGAGAAGGAAAAAGAAGACGAGAAGGAAAAGGAAGAACCACAAAUUCCGACUGAAGAAGUCAAUGGGCUCCGAAAGAAACUUGAAACCGCAGACCAAGAAAUCGCCUCACUUCGCACCCAAAUACUAGACCUCGAACUCUCGAAGCUUACUGCCGAAAAGGAAAAAUCACGGAAAGAAGGUGAAAUCAAAGUUCUUCGGGAACAGCUACGCACUCUACUCAAAACCGACAAAACUUCAGAGUUGAAUAAAACCCGAGAGGAACUCGAUGAUUUACGCAAACAAUACGACCAGUUGGUUUCCGAGAAGCAUAAGGAUGGUGAUUCUCGACAAGAAAGGCGUCUUGAGCUUGAGAGUACAAAGCAGAGACUCCAAGAUAUACUGAGAAUAAAGGAGCAAGAGGCUUUAUUGCAUCAGAAGGAAGCGGACGCAUGGAAGAGGAGGGAUGAUGAAAGUCAAGUGGAGUUGAAGAAGGUUUCUGGACGGUUAGCAGAAAUGGUGGUAGAGGUUGAAGGACGGAACGAGGUUAUGAAGGCCUUGAACGAGACGAUUGAAAAGUUGAAGGAUGCAGAUGAAGUCAGUGGGCUAGUUAUCGAGGGAGCGAAGAAGAAGAUUGGGGAUUUGGAGAAAGAGUUGGAGAAGUUCACAGAUCUUGAGUCUCAGAAAGAAUCCGCAGAAAAAGAACUAGCGAAGUUGAAGACUCUUACGGAGAACCUGGAGGAUAAAAUGAAUAAGCAUGAGGCAGCUAUCUACGGAGAGGAAGAUGCGGAGAAGAUUGAAGAAUUAGAACGCCAACUCGCCGAAGUCAACGCACACUUGGAAAAAGUUAUCGAAGAAGCAGACAUCGAAAUUGAAGCUCUGUCAAAAGACCUCGAGGAAGCCAAAGUUCACACCGUGGACAUCGCAACCGAAGCCGAAGACCGAAUCACCACGCUUGAACAAGAAAUCGAGGAGCUUAAUCGGAUCCCAGAAGCUCUGAAACAGGCAGCUGAAUCAAGAAUCAACGAAUUGACCAAUGCUUUGGAUGUUGUCAAAACCGCUGCGGAAGAGAAGAUCAUUCACCUUGAAGGCAUGCUAGUCGAAACAAAAGAUUAUGCAGAGAAACAAGUUAAUGCGGCGGAGAAUGAGUUGAAGAAGUUGGAAAUGCAGAUGAAGGUUGAGGAGGCCCGAGCUGCUGCUACAGUUGCAGCCGCCAGUGAGAGGGUUGCAACAUUAGAGAAGCAGCUGAGGACUUUUGAGGCUUUGAAACGACAUAAGGCGCAGGAUGAGUCUGAUCUACAAUUACUCAAGUCACACGUGGUUAAAAUUGAACGUAUUGCGUUACAAUACCUCCCACUCGAGGAUUCGGGCAUGUUAAUUGCGAUUGAUGAGUUGAAGAAGAGUCAUUUGGAGACUCAACAGAAGCAUAAGAAACGCAGAAAGAAGGAAAUGAUUUUGGCGGAGAAGAGCGGAGUGCAGUUGUAA